AUGGCGAUCAAGCUGGGGCUCCAGCGUAUGCAAAACCUGUACGGAACCAGUCCGCAGCCAUGGAAGGCCAUUCACGUAGCGGGCACCAACGGUAAAGGCUCCGUCUGCUCCUACGUCUCUUCUCUUCUCACCCAUUCCAAAAUCCCCCAUGGCCGGUUUACUUCACCCUUCAUCCGGCGGCCGGAGGACUCUAUCCUCAUCAACAACUCAGCCAUCGCCUCGGACCUGUUCCGCUCAUUAUACGAUGGGGCCGAUGAAGCCUCGCCAUCGGAUCCUCCUACGCACUUUGAGCGCAUGACAGACGGGACUGGGGGUCGCCUAGACUCUACAAAUGUGAUGAAGAACAAGGCCGUCACGGUAAUUACAAAAAUCGGGCUUGACCACCAAGAGUACUUGGGAAACACUAUUGGCAAGAUUGCCGCCGAGAAGGCCGCCAUCAUGAACGGUGCGCCGUGUAUCGUGAAUGGCCGCAACUCACCGGAAGCCCUUGAAGUGAUAGCUGAAACUGCGCAGCGAGUUGGCUCGAGGCUACUCCUAUCAACGGAUGACUCGCGCUUAGGAGAUGAGGCAGCCUCCCUCUCCGGAACAUGGCCCCAGCACGUCCUCGACAACGCGAUAUGUGCCAUCAAGGCGUGCGAACAGCUAGAGGAGUUCCAAGGAUACUCACCGACCAUUCAAGAUCUGCUACAACUUCCCAGUGUACACAUGGAAGGCAGGUUGCAAGAGAUUGACUUAACCGCUACCGCACCGGGAAAGCGAGCGAACCGGACUACCCCAAUAAUCCUCGACGGGGCCCACAACCUAGAUGCUGCCACGUUGCUUGCAAAGCACGCAGGCCAACAUCUCAGGAUCGCCAAGUCCGGCGGGCGUCAACCAAUCACCUGGAUCCUGGGAAUGUCCAGUCCCAGGGAGCAAACGGCAUCGGAGAUACUCCUUCCUCUCCUACAUCCUGGCGAUAAGGUAGCCCUCGUAGAAUAUGACCACCCGCUACGACGACCAGAGUCGAGCCCAACCCCAGCGGAUUACUUUCUCUCCUUUCGGCCCCUGCCACUAGAUAUGGGAAAGCUAGAGGCGGCAGUCAAGGCAUUGCCUGGCUUUGGCGGAGAAAUCCCCACGUUCGUAGAGCACGUCAAAGCCGGGCUUCGAUGCAUCGCGGAGGACCCGCAGGCGGUGCUCAUGUUUUCCGGCGGCCCGACGCGCAAGGAAACCCAGCUCAGCGAAGCACAAAGCUACGCCGACAUCGCGGCCCGGAACGGGUACUUUAGCAUCAUCCCCGCAUCCGAGGCCCACCGCGUGCUAGUAGAGGAGCGCGCCCUCGACUCCUACUACAACGUCCUCUUCUCCCUCGUCCAGUUUUGGCGCCUUCACUCCCGCCGCUGGCCGGCGCGCCUAACCGUCGUCAGCCACGCUUUUAAAAGUCCCGCAUCUACGACGGACACUGCGCCGCGAUUGGGUUUCCGCUUGACCGCACGCGGUAUGUAG